CCGCUACACCCUGGAUGUGGUCUGUUUACUCUCCAUGUUGACAUUUCCUUACCUUAGCCCAGAGACCGGCUGGAACUUAUACAUGGCCGCCCUUCGGACCAGGAUCUGUCCAAGAUGAGGCCACCUUUACAGGUGCCACACCUGCUGGUGUUCCUAGUUGUAUCAGUGUCACCUGUUCAACACACCUGGGCCGCAGACCAGCACCAGGAAACAACUGACAUCCGCCAUUCGCUGAAAUACUAUGAGAUCGCUGAGCCGUACAGAAUAGAACAACAACAGCUCAACAGAGUGGAGGCAAAUGAGGAUCUCACCGUUUCUCUGGCAGCUUUUGGGAGGAACUUCACCCUUGACCUGAUCUUAAACAGAAAUCUCAUUGGAAGAAGACAUCUCUGUCACUACCAAGGUGGAGUUAGAGGCUCACCUGGUUCUGUGGCAGUCAUCAGCACAUGUAGGGGGGUCAGAGGGUCCAUCCAUGUGGAUGAAGAUGUGUUUUUCAUCCAGCCCACCUCUGACUCAGACCACGUUGUGUUCAGACAGCAGGACAUCCAGCCAGAGUGGAGGCAGGGAGGACACUGUGGGUUCAAUGAUGCUGAACUCUUGUCAACUUUGAACGAGAGAAGCUUCCCCAUACAGAGGGUGAAACGUGAUGUCUACAGUGAGACAAAAUAUGUGGAACUAAUACUAGUCGCUGACAAUAGGGAGGUGCAGAAGGUGGGCAGCCAAGCAGCAACAGAAGACAGGAUGGUAGAGGUGGCUAACUAUGUGGAUACGUUUUACAAGCCCCUGAACAUCCGUGUGGCACUGGUAGGUGUGGAGGUGUGGACGACCAACCCCAUCACAGUGGACAGGAACAUCCAGGGCACUCUGGACAGGUUCCUGGAGUGGAGACGUACCUCACUGGUCAGACAACAGAGUAACGACAACGCACAGUUAGUCAGCGGACAAACGUUUUUCGGUGGUGGCGAGAUCGGCAUGGCCCCAUUCGCCUCUAUUUGUUCUUCAGCACAAUCAGGGGGAGUAAGCGAGGACAUGUUUGCGGCAGGCCCAGCUCUGUACGUGGCGUCCACAGUGGCUCAUGAGAUAGGGCACAACCUGGGUCUGAACCACGAUACCGGCGGGAACUGUCGCUGUCCUGUUGCAGAUAGCGAAGGGGGCUGCAUCAUGAGAUCAGCACAGGGGUCCCUCCCGGCCCAGCGGUUCUCAGCCUGUAGUGCGGAGGGACUGAGACAGGCCCUGGAGAGAGGUGUAGGUCCCUGCCUGUACAACGUGCCCGACCCAGACAGACUGUAUGGAGGCCCAGUCUGUGGGAAUGGGUAUGUGGAGCAGGGAGAAGAGUGCGACUGUGGAACAGUGGAGGAGUGUAACAGCACCUGCUGCAACUCCACCAGCUGCACCCUGCUGCCAGGUGCUGUGUGUGAUAUGGGGGAAUGCUGUCAGGACUGCCAGUUGAAGCCUUCAGGAGAACUCUGCAGACAGCAGACCACUGACUGUGACCUUGCUGAGUACUGCACUGGACAGUCUCCACAGUGUCCUGAUAACCAGUUCAUCCAGAAUGGGAUACCCUGUCAGGGCACAGAGGCUUAUUGCUUCAAUGGAGGCUGUUUCACCCAUACUGACCAGUGUAGGACCCUUUGGGGAGAUGGUGCAGACAAGGCCCAUGACAUGUGUUUCCAGUCUGUGAACCUGCGGGCGGACCAGUAUGGACACUGUGGGAUGGACCAGGACGGGAACUACCUGGCUUGUGCCGAGGAGGAUGCCCUUUGUGGGAAACUUCAGUGCCAGGGAGGAGGUGAAGCACCCAUCAUCGGGUCGGGCUCCCAGAUCAUCAGCACUACAGUCACCCUGCCUAACGGGCAAGUCAUCACGUGCCGCGGGGUGUACGUAGACCUGGGCAAUGACAUCCCUGACCCAGGCCUGGUCAUGGCUGGGACCAGGUGUGGACAGGAUAAGGUGUGCUACAACAACAGGUGUGAGCUCAUCACUUCUCUCUUCCCUAACAUCACCACGACAACAGCAUCAUGGUGGACAUCACCUCCCAUGGCAACACAAACAACAGCACAGCAAACAGCUUCUAGUGUUCCCAGUGCUUCAGGAACAGACCAGACUGGGAUAACCAUGACAACACAGAAUGUUUCCAUGGCAACACAGCCUUGGAGCUCCGCCCUGGUGCAGACUACACCCCAGGGGAGUGGGCACUGGUGGAUUAGCAUCAAAGAAGGUACAAGUGGAGUUCUUGUGUUCUUCCUUGUCCUUCUCCUGGCCAUCUUGCCACUUGCUGGACUGGUCUACUUUUUCUGUCAUGAAAACAAGGAUGCCGUCAAGAAGAGAGUCAAGUCCUCCAGGAUGUCCAAGUAUUUGGCUGACUUCAACGCAAAGAAGUCACAGUCUGAUCCUGAGAAGUCCAAGCGAAGGAAAUCCUCGCAGAAGCCCAUGAUGGGUGAGACGCUGGGCAGUCUGAACUCUCCCAGACUCAGACUUCCUGUAGUCUGGAGAUGGCAGAAGGAGCCUGGGGGAAACUCACCAGGCAACACCAAUGGAGGAGUGCCAGCUCAGGUUAACGACCAGGAGGACAAUGCCCCCACCCAGGUGACUGACCCAGAGGGCCAUGUCUAUGCUGAGAUACAGGACGGGGAUGUACAGUUUACAGGGAUAUCCAAUCCAAACUACAACAUGGUCACCAUUGACCUAGACGAGACCAGCACGGCUGAGGCCUAGGUCGGUGGUACCAUGUUGUAGUCUGGAGAACGAGAGCUGUGGGUAUCCUCAAAGUUUUGAUGUAACAAACAUUAACAUACCCUGAGGAGAAAUUUCCCUUUAGAUGAGUUACCAACAUGGUGAAACUGAUCAUGGGAGUGCAAGGGACACUGGUGGGACACUACCAACAUGUCUGACAUUGUGAAUACACAUUGUGUCUCUUAUGGAAUAUAAAAUGUUGUAAGUACUGUUGAAAAGACACAAAGUAAAUGUGUUUCUAAUCUCUAUGACAAUCAUUACAUUGUGGUACUUUACUUGACGGUAUAAUGUAUGCAAAGAUGAGGCAAACCAACAGCAGAUGUAAGAUACUACAUCCUUUAUUACAGUUUUUCUUAAUCUCUUGUUGAGGUGCCUUGUAUCUGAAGUGGUAAAAAAUGUCAUGUAGAAGGCACUAGGACCAUGUCAGGAUCCAACUGUCUCAGCAGCAGGUUUCAUUAUAAUACUCUCACAGCUGCUUUUGCCUAACACAGACAUGUACAGUACAAGUACGAGGCCACACGAACUCCACUUUAUAGAAGACAUCUUCAGCAGAUACAAAAUUUGAUGCAAUUACAGGUUUUGCAAUACAUUUCACAACAGUCAUUUUAUAAAGACUCAGCAACAUUUUGACAUCUUCAUAAAUCAUUUUGCAGCUAUUUCAUUAGCAGUUAGCAAAUCAUUUUGGUAACAUAGUCAACAACUGCUGACAUCCCUAUAAAUCUGAUGUCAAAACUGGCAAAAAAAUUUUUUGGGGACGAAUAAGGCUUUAACCGAGGUGUCGAUCCUUUCAUAUCAUCACUAUAGUCAGGUUUGUGUGGCCAGCAUGUAAUCAUUUGGAGCUAACUGCAAAAUAAUGUACUAUGCAUUUGUAAAUCAAAAGGAAGUGGUCCAGAGCAAAUACAAUCAGAUAAUUCCUUUGACAAAAGAGAUACAAACAAGUCUCAUUUAUAUAAGCAGAAUUUAUAUGAAUUCAUAUUCAAGACCCAUGGCCAGGAUUGAGGUAUAAUUCAAUUAAAAUUUUUUCUUGCCUGC